UGAAGACUAACCUCAUUAUUUCUGUGUUUUUUUUUUUUUUCAAGAACGGACAGAGAAAGAGAGAGGGAAAGACAGAGGUGGAGAGAGACUAAACUGAUUCAUUCUUGUUUGAGUAUUGACUGCCUGGGUUGGUGAAGAUUAAACUCAUUAUUUUUGUGUUUUUUCAAGGCUUUCUCUUUCUAGACUGACUGAAAAAGGAGGGGAAUGUUAAAAAAAAAAAAAAAAAAUCAAAGGACUGACUUGGGAAGGAAGGAGGUGAAAGUCUAGAGUGGUUUAUGUUUGUGGUUUAAUUAGAGAGAGUGAGAGGGCUAGACUUAUAGAGAUAGCUUAGCCUUUAUUUGUUUCCUCUGGUUAAUUUUAAGGGCCUGGAAAAAGUGAUUGUGUGAAUGUGAAGUAUCAUAGGAAUAUUUCAAAAUCAGGAAGCAAUUUCAGGCAAUUUUCUUGUUUUGUUUAGAUAAUUUGAGCAUUUAGUGGCGUGAGGGUAUUUUGUAUCCAGGAUUCGCUCCAGAUCUGACGCGUUUAGGAGUCACAAAAAUGUCUGCAAUGGAGGAGGAGCAGGAUGUGGAGAUUGAAGAAGAGGAGGAGGAGGAGGAGGAGGAGACACUGGUUCUCGUCGAGCUCCAUGGCGUGAUAGACUCAGAGAUCAUCACACAGGACAGCUUCAGCAAAUUUAAGGUGUUAGCGGUGGAUUCUGAGCGCCCGGUCCUGCAGGUGGAGAAUUUUAUCUUCUCUGGAGAAUAUGAACACACACUAGGAACAGCUGUGUUCUUCGAGGAGGAGGAAAAGCGGCUGAAAUGUGACCCUGUGUUCUGCAAGAAGCCCCCACGGAUGCUGCGUUAUGCCUGCUCCACCAACAAGAAGCUCAACAUGAAGAGAAUAUUUGUGUCGGAGAAGAGCGCUGGUCUUGAUGUGAAGUGUGAGGGUGCACCUGGGCCAAGUAAUGUCUCUGUUGACCUUUCAGACACACCCCAGAUUGUGAAUGCUGGUGAUGGGGAUACAGAAGAGGUGCAGGAGGAGGUGUCAACAGGAUGCUAGGACAGUGUUGGUCAAUGCCUGUAUUCUUAAAUGCUUUGUUCUCUCACCCUCUCUUUCCAAAGGCUGUAAUAUAAGAUAGCCAUGUUUUUAAGGGUAUUUUGAUGGCAUUUGUGAUAUAUUGGCAAUAAUUUUAGUUUAUCAAAAGGGGAAACUGUCUCAAAAACCUGGUUAGUCAUCUCCGUGUCCUUGGGGAAUUAUCAGAGAGAGAGAGAGAGAGAGAGAGAGCAAGGCAUUUUUUUAAUACUGUGUGGUGUGAGGUUUGUUAUCGUGCUGGUUUCUUGAUGCUGCUAUUUUGGAUUGGUGCUGUUCGAGGCAGACUUGUGAGAGGCACCAGCUGUUGUCCAUCUUGCUCUCUCUGUCGUGCUAGAAGGAAAUGUCUUGUUCUUGUGUUUUUUAGUAUAAGUGUGGUAUAAUCUUUUGUCUUUGUUGUUUUUUGUUGUUUUGUUUCAUCUCUCCCUUCUUUCUGUUUAUUUCAUUCUUGUCUCAUUCUUCUUCCAUAUUUCAUCCACUUGCUCCUCUUUGUUGCUUUUGUUGCUUUGUGUUUCUGUGUUUCAUCUCUUCCUUCUCACUGUUUCAUUCAUUCUCAUCUCUUCUUCAUUCUUUCAUAUUUCAUCCACUUCCUCCUCUUAUUCUUUCUCUCUCAUAUUUACCGUCCUUCAUGUUUCUUCACGACUUGUUUCUCUAAUGAUAACAAUCCUGACUUUUAAUUCUAACAGCAAAAAACAAUGGCACAACAAGACUUAGCUAGUGUGUGUGUGAGAGUGUGAGAGAUAUGACUUGAUACUGUUCUUAGCAAUGAGUGGAUGUGCAUUGAGCCAUAAUGUUGCUUGGGAAUGGCUAGUAUUUAUGUGGAGAAUGUGUGGAGUGAAUAGUGCUUGUGAUUAUGUGACAGAAUGUUCAUCUGUCUGAAUGUCAAAUGUAUCAAGUUGUGUUCUGUGUGAGUCCCAACCGCUGGUCCCUUCACAGCACAUUGAGUCACUUGUUAAUGUACUCAUCUGUCAUGUGUGUCAGACUAAGUUAUUGGAGUAAACCAGUGUGUCUUUUUUCAUCAUUAUACUUGACAGUGA